UGACUCACAGGGGAUUUCCGGUUGACUCGGGCUGUUAGUUCGGGAUCAGUCUGUGUUAUUCCCGCUCCGGGGCCCCGAUAUGUCCGCAUACAGGGGGGUAAAGAUGUGGCCCCUGCUGCUCGUUGUGGGGGUGUCCGGGGUGUAUUGUGGUCACUCUCUCCAGUAUUAUUACACCGCGGUCUCGGCUCCGGGACACGGGCUGCCGGAGUUCUCUGCAGUCGGGUAUGUGGACGGGAUCCAGAUAUCGGAUUAUAACAGUGACCGCGGCCGGGCUGUCCCUGUCGCUCGGUGGAUGGAGAAAGCGGGACCGGAAUACUGGGAGGGAGAGACACAGAAAGGCAAAGGCCACGAGGCUGUAUUUAAAUACAAUGUGAGGACAUUAAUGAGCCGCUUCAACCACACCGCAGGUGUCCAUUCUCUGCAGGUGAUGUACGGCUGUGAGCUGAGGGAUGACGGCAGCACCGGGGGGUACGAGCAGCACGGAUAUGACGGGGGGGAUUUCCUCGCCCUGGACGCCGAGCGCGGGGUUUAUGUUCCGGUCGUUGCCGAGGCGCAGAUCUCCGCACAGAGAUGGAACGGUCCGGAGGUGCGAGUGGGAGAGAGACUGAAGAAUUACCUGGAGAUCGAGUGUAUAGAAUGGCUGAAGAAAUACAUCGAGAACGGACGGGAGGAGCUGGAGCGGAGAGUUGCCCCGGAGGUGAAGGUUUCAGCCCAGACUUCAGAGGGGGCCACAAAGCUUCACUGCCAGGUGUACGGGUUUUACCCCCGCGAGGUGGACGUGAAUUGGAAGAGGAACGAGAUAGAUAUUCCCUCGGAUGAGGCCAAACAGGUUCUCCCCAAUACCGACGGCACUUACCAGAUCAGGGUCACCGUGGAAGUGACCCCAAAAGAGGGGGACAGUUACUCCUGCCACGUGGACCACGGCAGCCUGGCAGAGCCACGCAUUGUGAUGUGGGAUCCGAGGAAGGACGGAAGCGGCAGCACCGUGUACAUCGUCAUUGGAGUCGUUGCAGGGAUCGCUGUCGCUGCUGCUGUUGGGUUUAUAUUAUGGAGGAGAGGCAGACGUCCCGUUUACGCCCCGACUGGCAUGUCAGAAGGGUCUCCAGCCGCAUCCACGACGUAAAUCUCCGCAAACAGAAGGGAUCCGUACCGGGAAUUCCGUGUAGGAGACGGGAGAAAAUCCCCCGCCUGGUGCCGGCCCCUGCGUCCACUUCUUAUAACUCACAGAAAUCAAUAGCUUUUAUGGGAAUUGCUUAAAGUCGUAUAAUCUGCUUUAUACUUGCAAAUAUUCUUAUAUAAAUACCUGGGACCUCUCUGGCUCAACACCUGAAUCCUCCGGGUCGCGGGGUCUUGACAUGGCCCACCCAUUUCCCCUUUAAAUAGGGAUAUUUCCCAUGAUGUCGGCGGGCAGUCCUGGCCGCGUCCCCCAAGAGUAGGCUCUGGGUAGCCAGAGCCCAGAAGUUCCCAGGUUUGUUCAAAUACAAUAAGGUUUAGUGGGUGAUUCACUGCUUUGCUACAAUAAGAUACUCGGUAAUAAGGGAAGGAACCUCAGACAGAAAGCACUGAGACGCGUAAAACAUGGAGGAUUCCGGGGUUCUGGCGACUGCAGACCAGUAAGCCUUACAUCAGUAUCUUGGCAAGAGACAGGUUGUAGUUGAUGGCGAUUGUUCAGAGGAGGCCCUUCUUACAAGCGGGGGACCUCGGGGACCCAUUUUUUCAUGUUUUUAUAAAAACAUUACAGGUGGUCUGGAAGAUAAGGCGCGUCUCUUCAACAAUACAGAGGUCUGUAAGCCAUUGGCUGAUGGUAAACGGGAUCUGUGAGGGGUGACAACAGACGAGAUGGGGCUUGGAAAUAAUUAUUUUAAGAGCUUAAGGAUUGGCGGGUAAUUAAUUAUUUUUGUGAUGUUUAGAUCUGUUUAACACGCAAUAAAAUGAUUACAAUAAAAUAUAUAUAAAA